AUAGUUUGAUUAAAAAAAACCCUAAUAGUUUGAUUAAAAAAACCCUAAUUGAGCCACUUUUUAUUUGUAUAUCAACUUGAAAAGAAAAAAAGAACUUUGAAAUCCCCAUUGUGUUUGUACUCUUUAAUUCCGCCAUGUCAGUUGCAAGGACUGUGAAGGAUGUUUCUCCUCACGAGUUUGUUAAGUCUUACUCUUCUCACCUCAAGCGUUCCGGCAAGAUGGAGCUUCCUGAGUGGACCGAUAUAGUCAAAACAGCAAAAUUUAAAGAACUGGCUCCCUAUGAUUCUGACUGGUAUUAUAUUAGAGCCGCCUCCAUGGCGAGAAAGAUCUAUUUGAGAGGUGGUCUUGGAGUCGGUGCUUUUAGAAGGAUCUAUGGUGGAAGCCAGAGGAACGGAAGCCGACCUCCACAUUUCUGCAAAAGCAGUGGCACUAUUGCUAGACACAUUUUGCAACAAUUACAAAUCAUGAACAUUAUUGAGGUUGAUCCAAAAGGAGGCAGGAAAUUAACUUCUAGCGGCCGUCGGGAUCUUGAUCAAGUUGCUGGGAGAAUUGUGAUCGCUCCUUGAUUAUUGGCGUGUUACUGGAAAGUUUAUUUAUGCCGAGAUAGCAUCCAUGAGACCAGAUUCUAUGCAUUGAAUAGAACAGUUUGCUCUGUGUAUUUGUAAAUUUUUAUCUGCGCUUAUCACUUGUUCAUGUCUGGAAUUUUGGAUGGUCAAGUUUUCAUUCAAAUUACAAAUAGCUGCAUUAUCUCAUUCA